UGGGAAUCAACCUUUCCCUUUCACCAUCACUUUCCGACAGCCGUUGCUUGGCUGUAUUACUGGCGCACGGGUCAAUCGCUCGUCGCCUUGGUCUUUUUCCGUCAAGGGCUUUUCGUACUUCGGACAUCCGUAAUGGCCUUCUCUGCCGCUGACCUCCAGAGGAGGCACGAGCUCGAAGGCACCCCAGACCCAUUCCCUUCUCUUGUAGAGUCCCCAGCUAGGCUUAGGACUCAGGCUCCUGUCACCCAGUUGGACACUGAUUCCCAGACGGCCUUUCCUUCUCUUGCGUCUGCAUCUCCAUCAGCUGCUUCUGCUCCAAAGUCAGUAUGGGGAGCAGACGCCGGUCCUCGCAUCAAGCCCAAUGUCGCUAGGCAGCCCGUCUUUACUGACUCUUUCACCCUCGCUGCCAUCGAGUUGACCGCUUCUAGAAAGGAUCAAAAGCCCCCGACCCUUGGUGAGGUCCUGAGGCAGGUUAUGACCAAGUACAAAGUUAAGCUGGAUGCAUCUCGCAACGAGCGUACUCGUCAGACCACAUUUCACAUCAAGGCCGACACUCAGAAGGAACUCGACAAGGCCAAGAGGAGCCUCCUUGCUCUUCUCAGUCCGGUGAUUACACGUGUCAUUCAAGCUCCAGCCUCGACGAUCGCUAGCAUCAUCGGGCCUAAGGGUGCGACGCUGAAACAAAUCCGUGAUCAAACGAGUGUAAGGGUCGACAUACCCCGAAGGGACGCGCUUGCCUUUCCACAUGGCAAUGGGCAUGUUAACGGCAACUCGUCAAGCAAAGCUACCCCUUCUCAAGACGAUGAAGAAGAGGAGCUUCUCGUCCCGGUUACUCUGGUUGGUCCUCAGCCCUUGGCUUACGAGGCAGAGGCUCUUUUGAAGCAGAUCAUCUCCUCAAAGACUUCGAAGACUACGCAACGCGUUCGCGACAUCCCCGUCCACAUCCUCCCAUUUGUCACCGCUCGAGAAGCUCAGUUUGAAGCCGCGGCAGAGGGCGAGGAAAUCAAGUUGAUGCUGAAUAUUGUGGAUCGCGAAAUUACCGUCAGCGGUGAUCGUGAAGCCGUUGGACGUGUCGUCGAAACGAUCAGGGCUACCAUCGUUAACUUCAAAGCUGCAUUGACUUCUCUGAAAAUGUCCUUGCCCAAACGCCAGCACCGUUUACUCACCGACGCAGCGGCCCAAGAGGUAAUGACGAAAAGCAAGUGCGCUGUGAUCAUUGCAAAGCCGGAUGAACCCAGUGACGAGAUCACUGUCUGGGGUGAUCCCAAUGAUCUAGCGGGUGGUGUCGCUGCGGUCAUUGAGCAGGCAAACUCGAAAUAUAUACAUGAAUUCCCGCUCCCUGGACCCAUUGCAACAUCACGACAACUUUUGACGUAUAUGACACGUAUCAACUACCCCAAGACGCUCAUGACAGCCAAUCCGAAUGUAUCGGUCUAUACGCCAUCCUUGGCUGCCAUUGACAAGGCUCAAUCUUUGACGAUCGACCUUGUCGGUGACAAGUCUGCCGUCGAUGUAGUUGUCAGGCAAGUUUCGGAACUGAUUGGAAAACUGAUUGGCGCUACUCUUGAAGUCACUAUUGAUUGGCUUGUCCAUCGCAUCAUAAUGGGGAAGAAUGCCAAGAAAAUCAAGCAGUUCCAUGAUGUCCACAACGUUUCGGUAUAUUUCCCUGGCGAGGUCAUGGAACAGUCUUCAGUUCUCUUGGUAUAUGAUCCACUAUCGCCGUCUGCAUCACCUUCUCCGGACGAGAAAAGAAAGCAUUUGGACGACGUGUCUAAGGAGCUGCUGAAGAUGGCAAAAGAUGCGGCUGAUGUCAAGAGUGAAGUCGUUUCUGUAGCUAAGCGUUGGCAUGAAUCCGUCGUUGGUCAAGGUGGCACCACUCUCAAUGCUAUCAUCGGGGAGGAUAAGACACUCUCUAUCAAGGUCGGCGCCGAUGCUGCAGAUCCAUCGGGCGAAGAUGUUAUCCUUGUCCGUGGGGCAAGUGCAGACGUCGACCGAGCCGUCAAGGAGAUCCUGAAGAUUGUGGAAAAUGCCAAGAACGACGAAAUUGUGAACAGUUAUUCCACCGAAUUUGACAUUGAAAGAGAGUUUGUUGGGCGCAUUGUUGGUGCCCAAGGUGCCGGCGUUAACAAACUCCGCGACCAACUUGGUGUGAAAGUAGACGUUUCAGACGAUGACGAGAAGGACAAAGAAAGUAGCAAGAAAAAGAAGGGCGUCCAUCACAAGUCUAAAGUCACUAUCACCGGCAGGAAGGAGAAUGUUGAGGAGGCAAAAAAACGGAUUCUCACUCAGCUGGAGCGCAUUGCCGACGAAACUUCGGAAGUGCUCAAGAUUCCAAACCAAUACCAUUCUUCAUUGAUUGGUCAAAGCGGCAAAUAUGCCAUUCGACUCGAGGAGAAGUAUUCCGUCAAAAUCACCUUCCCUCGGCAGAAUACUGAGAAUGGUGAAGCUAAGACCCGUGAACAGCUGAAGUCGGAUGAAGUCCUUGUGAAAGGCGGCAAGAAAGGCGUUGCUGGCGCCAAGGCUGAAUUGCUCGAAGCCCUGGAAUUCGAGAGGGAAUCGAAUAACGUUCUUAAGUUCACUGUGCCUACUCGUUCCGUUGCUCGAAUCCUUGGACGCGGAGGUGCAUCCAUCAAUGAGAUCAAGGAUAAUACUGACGCUCAGAUCGAUGUCGAUAAGGCUUCUGAUGAUUCCUCCGUCACCAACAUCACCGUCAGAGGGACAAAGAAGGCAGUAGCUGCGGCCAAGGCUACUAUCCUGGCCAUCGUCGACCAGAUUGCAGAGGAAUGCAAUGCCACCAUCGUCGUAGAAAGCAGGUUCCAUCGUACUCUUAUUGGUAGUGGUGGUCAAGGCCUCAAAGAAUUGGUUGCUCGUUGCGGUGGUCCCUCAGACCCUAAGGUUCUUGCCGGUCUCAUCAGAUUCCCCCGACAGGGCGAACCUUCUGACGAAGUCCGCCUUCGCGGUGAACAGAAGUUGGUUAAUAAGGUCAAGGCGGAAUUGGAAAAGGCGGUCGCCGCUCUGCGGGACCGUGUUGUUUUGGCUGUCGACAUUCCAGCGGCUCAGCAUCGUGCUCUUAUUGGUCGUGGGGGACAAAAUCUGAACAAGAUGCAGAACAAGCAUAACGUACAUAUCCAAUUCCCUGGCUCUCGCUCAUAUGGACAAUUUGGCGAGCCUGAGAAUGCGUUAGAGUUUGCCGAUGCAGAUCCUGGAAAUCUCGUUAAAGUUUCUGGUUCGCGGGCAGCCUGUGAAAAAGCUGUUGAGGAACUGAAGACAUUGGUAAAACCUGCUGUUCCUGAGGGAGUGACUGAUACUGUGAAUGUUCCUCUCAAAUACCAUUAUGUUAUCUCUCAGCAAGGUCAAUUCUUCCGAACUCUUCGCACGUUCGGAGUACAGGUUAAUCAGUCGGUUCAGCCCCAGCAAUCUGCUGUUCCCGUUCGUCCGUCACCGGCUGAUGCAGAUGCCUCUAGUGCUCGGAUUGAUGCAGACACAGAAGAGGAUGCUACGUCUGAUUCUGUUUGGGAGGUCGUUCCCAACUAUCAGAACGUAGAAGAGGGAGACUCGGCUUGGACUCUCAAAGCCCAAGAUCUAGCUGCGUUAGACAAAGCACGUCAGCUAAUUACUGACGCUGUGAAUGCUGCUGCACAAAUGACGUCGGUCGGAUUCCUCACUUUGCGUGACCGCUCUAUGUUCCCAAGAAUUGUCGGGUCCAAAGGCGCCAAUGUCGCUCGUCUUCGCAAAGAAACAGGUGCCGAUAUUACUGUUAGUAGAGAGAACAAUACGAUUGUCAUCAUUGGUUCUGAAACUGACAUAAUCGCGGCUAAAGAUGCAAUUCUGAAAAUGUCCUCAACCCCUUCAGGUCGAUCACAACGUCGGCACUCUUGAGCCCUCUACAUUACUGGAUAUUUAAGUGGAUAAUUGGAACGUAGUUAUGAUGUUGGAAUAAAACACUAUUCAUAAGGAGCCAGCUGUGACUGAAGUUGUUGUGCUAUUUGUCC